AUGUUAUCCCAGAUCACUAUCCCAGAUCACUAUCCCUACAAGGGGGAGGUUAUCCCAGAUCACUAUCCCUACAACGGGGAUGUUAUCCCAGAUCACUAUCCCUACAAGGGGGAUGUUAUCCCAGAUCACUAUCCCUACAAGGGGGAGGUUAUCCCAGAUCACUAUCCCUACAAGGGGGAUGUUAUCCCAGAUCACUAUCCCUACAAGGGGGAUGUUAUCCCAGAUCACUAUCCCUACAAGGGGGAUUGUUAUCCUAGAUCACUAUCCCUACAAGGGGGAGGUUAUCCCAGAUCAUUAUCCCUACAAGGGGGAUGUUAUCCUAGAUCACUAUCCCUACAAGGGGGAUGUUAUCCCAGAUCACUAUCCCUACAAGGGGGAGGUUAUCCCAGAUCACUAUCCCUACAAGGGGGAGGUUAUCCCAGAUCACUAUCCCUACAAGGGGGAGGUUAUCCCAGAUCACUAUCCCUACAAGGGGGAGGUUAUCCCAGAUCACUAUCCCUACAAGGGGGAGGUUAUCCCAGAUCACUAUCCCUACAAGGGGGAGGUUAUCCCAGAUCACUAUCCCUACAAGGGGGAUUGUUAUCCUAGAUCACUAUCCCUACAAGGGGGAGGUUAUCCCAGAUCACUAUCCCUACAAGGGGGAUGUUAUCCUAGAUCACUAUCCCUACAAGGGGGAUGUUAUCCCAGAUCACUAUCCCUACAAGGGGGAGGUUAUCCCAGAUCACUAUCCCUACAAGGGGGAGGUUAUCCCAGAUCACUAUCCCUACAAGGGGGAUGUUAUCCCAGAUCACUAUCCCAGAUCACUAUCCCUACAAGGGGGAUGUUAUCCCAGAUCACUAUCCCAGAUCACUAUCCCUACAAGGGGGAGGUUAUCCCAGAUCACUAUCCCUACAAGGGGGAUGUUAUCCCAGAUCACUAUCCCUACAAGGGGGAUGUUAUCCCAGAUCACUAUCCCUACAAGGGGGAGGUUAUCCCAGAUCACUAUCCCUACAAGGGGGAUGUUAUCCCAGAUCACUAUCCCUACAAGGGGGAUGUUAUCCCAGAUCACUAUCCCUACAAGGGGGAUUGUUAUCCUAGAUCACUAUCCCUACAAGGGGGAGGUUAUCCCAGAUCAUUAUCCCUACAAGGGGGAUGUUAUCCUAGAUCACUAUCCCUACAAGGGGGAUGUUAUCCCAGAUCACUAUCCCUACAAGGGGGAGGUUAUCCCAGAUCACUAUCCCUACAAGGGGGAGGUUAUCCCAGAUCACUAUCCCUACAAGGGGGAGGUUAUCCCAGAUCACUAUCCCUACAAGGGGGAGGUUAUCCCAGAUCACUAUCCCUACAAGCGGGAGGUUAUCCCAGAUCACUAUCCCUACAAGGGGGAGGUUAUCCAGAUCACUAUCCCUACAAGGGGGAUGGUUAUCCUAGAUCACUAUCCCUACAAGGGGGAGGUUAUCCCAGAUCACUAUCCCUACAAGGGGGAUGUUAUCCUAGAUCACUAUCCCUACAAGGGGGAUGUUAUCCCAGAUCACUAUCCCUACAAGGGGGAGGUUAUCCCAGAUCACUAUCCCUACAAGGGGGAGGUUAUCCCAGAUCACUAUCCCUACAAGGGGGAGGUUAUCCCAGAUCACUAUCCCUACAAGGGGGAGGUUAUCCCAGAUCACUAUCCCUACAAGGGGGAGGUUAUCCCAGAUCACUAUCCCUACAAGGGGGAGGUUAUCCCAGAUCACUAUCCCAGAUCACUAUCCCUACAAGGGGGAGGUUAUCCCAGAUCACUAUCCCUACAAGGGGGAGGUUAUCCCAGAUCACUAUCCCUACAAGGGGGAGGUUAUCCCAGAUCACUAUCCCUACAAGGGGGAGGUUAUCCUAGAUCACUAUCCCAGAUCACUAUCCCUACAAGGGGGAGGUUAUCCCAGAUCACUAUCCCUACAAGGGGGAUGUUAUCCCAGAUCACUAUCCCUACAAGGGGGAUGUUAUCCCAGAUCACUAUCCCUACAAGGGGGAUUGUUAUCCUAGAUCACUAUCCCUACAAGGGGGAGGUUAUCCCAGAUCACUAUCCCUACAAGGGGGAUGUUAUCCUAGAUCACUAUCCCUACAAGGGGGAUGUUAUCCCAGAUCACUAUCCCUACAAGGGGGAGGUUAUCCCAGAUCACUAUCCCUACAAGGGGGAGGUUAUCCCAGAUCACUAUCCCUACAAGGGGGAGGUUAUCCCAGAUCACUAUCCCUACAAGGGGGAGGUUAUCCCAGAUCACUAUCCCUACAAGGGGGAGGUUAUCCCAGAUCACUAUCCCUACAAGGGGGAGGUUAUCCCAGAUCACUAUCCCAGAUCACUAUCCCUACAAGGGGGAGGUUAUCCCAGAUCACUAUCCCUACAAGGGGGAGGUUAUCCCAGAUCACUAUCCCUACAAGGGGGAGGUUAUCCCAGAUCACUAUCCCUACAAGGGGGAGGUUAUCCCAGAUCACUAUCCCAGAUCACUAUCCCUACAAGGGGGAGGUUAUCCCAGAUCACUAUCCCUACAAGGGGGAUGUUAUCCCAGAUCACUAUCCCUACAAGGGGGAUGUUAUCCCAGAUCACUAUCCCAGAUCACUAUCCCUACAAGGGGGAGGUUAUCCUAGAUCACUAUCCCUACAAGGGGGAGGUUAUCCCAGAUCACUAUCCCUACAAGGGGGAUGUUAUCCCAGAUCACUAUCCCAGAUCACUAUCCCUACAAGGGGGAUGUUAUCCUAGAUCACUAUCCCUACAAGGGGGAGGUUAUCCUAGAUCACUAUCCCUACAAGGGGGAUGUUAUCCCAGAUCACUAUCCCUACAAGGGGGAUGUUAUCCCAGAUCACUAUCCCUACAAGGGGGAUGUUAUCCCAGAUCACUAUCCCUACAAGGGGGAUGUUAUCCCAGAUCACUAUCCCUACAAGGGGGAUGUUAUCCCAGAUCACUAUCCCUACAAGGGGGAGGUUAUCCCAGAUCACUAUCCCUACAAGGGGGAUGUUAUCCCAGAUCACUAUCCCUACAAGGGGGAUGUUAUCCCAGAUCACUAUCCCUACAAGGGGGAGGUUAUCCUAGAUCACUAUCCCUACAAGGGGGAUGUUAUCCCAGAUCACUAUCCCUACAAGGGGGAUGUUAUCCUAGAUCACUAUCCCUACAAGGGGGAGGUUAUCCUAGAUCACUAUCCCUACAAGGGGGAGCUUAUCCUAGAUCACUAUCCCUACAAGGGGGAUGUUAUCCCAGAUCACUAUCCCUACAAGGGGGAUGUUAUCCCAGAUCACUAUCCCAGAUCACUAUCCCUACAAGGGGGAGGUUAUCCUAGAUCACUAUCCCUACAAGGGGGAGGUUAUCCUAGAUCACUAUCCCUACAAGGGGGAGGUUAUCCUAGAUCACUAUCCCUACAAGGGGGAUGUUAUCCUAGAUCACUAUCCCUACAAGGGGGAUGUUAUCCUAGAUCACUAUCCCUACAAGGGGGAUGUUAUCCUAGAUCACUAUCCCUACAAGGGGGAUGUUAUCCCAGAUCACUAUCCCUACAAGGGGGAUGUUAUCCCAGAUCACUAUCCCUACAAGGGGGAUGUUAUCCUAGAUCACUAUCCCUACAAGGGGGAUGUUAUCCUAGAUCACUAUCCCUACAAGGGGGAUGUUAUCCUAGAUCACUAUCCCUACAAGGGGGAUGUUAUCCUAGAUCACUAUCCCUACAAGGGGGAUGUUAUCCUAGAUCACUAUCCCUACAAGGGGGAUGUUAUCCUAGAUCACUAUCCCUACAAGGGGGAUGUUAUCCCAGAUCACUAUCCCUACAAGGGGGAUGUUAUCCCAGAUCACUAUCCCAGAUCACUAUCCCUACAAGGGGGAGGUUAUCCUAGAUCACUAUCCCUACAAGGGGGAGGUUAUCCUAGAUCACUAUCCCUACAAGGGGGAGGUUAUCCUAGAUCACUAUCCCUACAAGGGGGAUGUUAUCCUAGAUCACUAUCCCUACAAGGGGGAUGUUAUCCUAGAUCACUAUCCCUACAAGGGGGAUGUUAUCCUAGAUCUCUAUCCCUACAAGGGGGAUGUUAUCCUAGAUCACUAUCCCUACAAGGGGGAU